GGAAUUUUAUUGCACUGUUGCACCCCUCUAUUAUUUUGUUUUUAGAGCACCCUCGAUUUGUUUUCAGAGCGCCCUCUAUUUUUUAUCGCAAAGAUUCACCGUGUGGUGGCGCUGUGCUGAUUCCAAUAGGGCGGUUCCAAACAAGUUUGACCUAGCCCCUGCAGUAUAUAUCAUCAGAACCUUCAACUUUCAUGACAUGUACUCGUACUCUGAUCUGCGCAGUUCCGCUUCAACUUUCGUCUUGUGCGUACACUGAUUACUGUGCCUAGCGAACCAGGCAGAACUUUACAGAUUAUCAUAUCGUAACAUCCAUUUUUGUAACCAUGGCAAGCAAGCACCCCCAAGAUGUCCGUCUGGCUCAAACUGCUGCCAGGGCUAGUAACACCUUUGCAUCUAAUCUCUUCUGAGUGUUGACUGAGAGAGGAAGCUCCAACAACAACAUCUUCUUUUCUCCUAUGAGCAUCUCCACUGCACUUGCUAUGACCUUCAUGGGGGCACGUGGUGAGACAGCAAGCCAGAUGAGUCAAGUACUUCACUUCAACAUCUUAAAAGAAUCUGUUCUUCAUCAGUCAUUUGCUGACCUGAGUGCUCUGAUUUCCCGCGCUGAUGCUCCUUACACUCUGAAAGCUGCCAACAGAUUGUUUGGUAAAAAAGGCUUGGAUGUCCUUGCGACAUUUGUUGAUGACAGCAAGAAAUACUACGGAGCCAGUAUGGAGACACUUGAUUUCAUUUGUGAUGGGGAAGGUUCUCGUCAACACAUCAACUCCUGGGUGGAGAAGCAAACUGCAAACCGCAUCAAAGACUUACUUCCUGCAGGAUCUAUCGACGCUUUGACUCGCUUGGUGCUUGUCAAUGCCAUCUACUUCAAAGGACAAUGGACUGCCAAGUUUAAACAUCAUGGCACAUUUGAUGAGAAGUUUCGUACUGUGGGUGGGUACGUGAAUGUUCCCAUGAUGCACCAGAGAGGCAAGUUCAACUACGCUCGUGACGAUUCCGUGCGCAGUUCUAUCCUGGAGCUACCUUACAUCAAGAAUGAAGUGAGCAUGUUCAUUGUGUUACCUGAUCAAGUGGAUGGGCUGGCUGAUGUGCAGCAGAAGUUGAGUCCAGAAAAGAUUGAUUCCUGGGUGAGAGAAACUCGCAUUAGGAACUCUCCUACCGUGGCAUUGUCGCUUCCAAAGUUUAUUCUGGAUCAAGAUUUUAUCUUGAAUGAUGUCUUAAAAGCGAUGGGUAUGCCUGAUCCAUUCGACCAAGACAGAGCAGACUUCUCAGGGAUGACAGGCGACAAAGAUCUCUUCAUAUCCAAAGUGAUCCACAAGGCUUUCUUAGAUGUGAAUGAGGAAGGCAGUGAGGCAGCAGCAGCUACUGCCGUGGUCAUGCAAGCUCCUACUUCAUGUAUGCCUGCCAGAACCCUGGAGUUCAAGGCAGACCAUCCUUUCUUGGUGUUUAUUUGUGACAACAAGACUGGGGCAAUUCUUUUCAUAGGACAACUCUGCAAACCAGAGGGUGACACCAUAAUGGGGGAUUCCCCCAGUGAAAAAGGAAUGGGUUCCGGUGGAAAUGUCCUCGGAAAUACAUGCCUGUGUCCCCCUCCACCCCCUCCCCUUCCCUGCCCAUAAUUGGUAAACUAUCGCCAUGUACUGAUCACUUUACUGCAAAGAUAAGAGGUUGUUAUACGAAAAUAUGUUUUGAAGUUGCAUACAAUUACAUGUUUGCGUUGAGUACAUUGCAAUGUUUUUAUGAUGAGUAAAUUCUCUGUUCCGCUGUUCAAUAGACCUGAUGAGACGUAAUGACGUAAUGGCUUUGUUUACAUAAUGCGCUUUCCGAUGGGAGCGAAGUCGGGACACCAGAUUAAGUGGGGACCGUCUAUCACAUAGGAAAGUGCACAAGUAAACAAACUUUGACGUCAUUAUGUCUUAGGCCUAUUGGGACGGGUAUCUGUUCUACAAUUAGCAAGUUUCUCUAAUGAAACUAAUUAAUAUAAAGUACUAUGCUACGAACCCAAUUCCUAUAUAAAUAAUCAUAAUGAAUACUCUACGAUUGUUUCUUUGUAGUUUAUAGAAGAAAUUUAUAUUCUAUAAAUACUUUUAGUCAUGUUAGAAAUUUUAAUGAUAUGAAGCUGACAUUGGGUCAAGUUGUUUAAGUAUGAGAUCUUGCCUGAAAAAUGAAACAUCAAUCAUUGCUUUGUUUUGUCCAUAACCUAGUUUCUAAAGUGCUUAUAAAAUGAGAGUGGGCGAUAAAAAUUAUAAUUAUGUACGUAAUGAUCAUGUAAUAAAUUAUGUACAAUCAGUGGUUUAUUUUUGGAUAGAAAAGAUUAUUUCAUCCAGUUUAUAACAGUUGCUAAUCUCCAGUUUAUAGAUAUGUCCUGUACAUAAUGUUGACAAAAUAUACGACAAUUUUAUAUUGAAUAUACAAUUUGCAAGCUAAAA